GCCGGAGGCUGCGCCGAGGAGCGGCCGGGAGGGAUGGGGAGCGGGCCGCCGGGGCUUCUCGGGGACCGGCGCGGGGCGUAGCGGCGCGGGCGCGCGGGCGAGGCGUGCGGGCGCUGGAGCACUUCGCGAUAGGAUGAGGCUCCGGGCUGGCGCGCGGUAGUACUAUGAUUUGGUAUGUGGCCACUUUGAUAGCAAGUGUGAUCAGCACCCGAGGGCUCGCGGCUCAAGGCGCCCACGGCCUGCGAGAGGAGCCUGAGUUUGUGACCGCUCGUGCUGGCGAGAGUGUGGUCCUGCGAUGCGACGUGAUCCACCCCGUGACGGGACAGCCCCCGCCCUAUGUGGUAGAGUGGUUCAAGUUCGGGGUCCCCAUCCCUAUCUUCAUCAAGUUUGGCUACUACCCGCCCCACGUGGACCCUGAGUAUGCAGGCCGGGCCAGUCUUCAUGAUAAAGCAUCCCUGCGGCUGGAGCAGGUGCGCUCUGAGGACCAGGGCUGGUAUGAGUGCAAAGUGCUCAUGCUGGACCAGCAGUAUGACACCUUCCACAACGGCAGCUGGGUGCACCUCACCAUCAAUGCCCCUCCCACCUUUACAGAAACACCCCCCCAGUACAUCGAGGCCAAGGAGGGGGGUAGUAUUACCAUGACCUGCACAGCUUUUGGGAAUCCCAAGCCUAUCGUCACCUGGCUCAAGGAGGGGAUGCUCCUCAGUGCUAGUGGGAAGUACCAGGUGAGUGAUGGCAGCCUGACGGUGACAUCUGUCAGUCGGGAGGACAGAGGUGCCUACACCUGUCGGGCAUACAGUAUCCAGGGGGAGGCUGUCCACACCACCCACCUGCUUGUCCAAGGGCCUCCUUUCAUCGUUUCCCCUCCUGAGAACAUCACUGUCAACAUCUCCCAGGAUGCUCUGCUCACCUGCCGGGCAGAGGCGUAUCCAGGCAACCUCACAUACACCUGGUACUGGCAGGACGAGAACGUCUAUUUCCAGAAUGACUUGAAGCUGAGGGUGCGGAUCCUGAUAGAUGGGACGCUGAUCAUUUUCCGGGUGAAGCCAGAGGAUGCUGGGAAGUACACUUGUGUUCCUAGCAACAGCCUGGGGCGCUCGCCUUCAGCCUCAGCUUACUUGACUGUACAGUACCCGGCUCGUGUCCUCAACAUGCCCCCUGUGAUCUACGUGCCUGUGGGGAUCCACGGCUACAUCCGCUGCCCUGUGGAUGCAGAGCCGCCAGCCACUGUGGUGAAGUGGAACAAGGACGGGCGCCCCCUGCAGGUAGAGAAGAACCUGGGUUGGACCUUGAUGGAGGACGGCUCCAUUCGGAUCGAGGAAGCCACAGAGGAGGCUCUUGGCACUUACACGUGUGUGCCUUACAACACCCUAGGGACCAUGGGCCAGUCUGCUCCCGCUCGGCUCGUCCUGAAGGACCCCCCGUAUUUCACGGUGCUACCAGGCUGGGAGUACAGGCAGGAGGCUGGCCGAGAGCUGCUCAUCCCCUGUGCAGCUGCAGGGGACCCCUUCCCUGUCAUCACCUGGAGAAAGGUAGGGAAGCCCAGCAGAAGCAAGCACAGUGCCCUGCCCAGCGGGAGCCUCCAGUUCCGUGCCCUGAGCAAGGAGGACCAUGGGGAGUGGGAAUGUGUCGCCACCAACGUGGUCACGACCAUCACUGCCAGCACCCACCUCACUGUCAUCGGCACCAGCCCCCACGCCCCAGGCAGUGUCCGGGUCCAGGUCUCCAUGACAACUGCCAACGUGUCCUGGGAGCCAGGCUAUGAUGGAGGCUACGAGCAGACAUUCUCAGUUUGGAUGAAGCGGGCACAGUUUGGGCCCCAUGACUGGCUGUCCUUGUCAGUGCCACCGGGCCCCAACUGGCUGCUAGUGGACACCCUGGAGCCCGAGACCACUUACCAGUUCAGUGUCUUGGCCCAGAACAAGCUGGGCACCAGCGCCUUCAGUGAGGUGGUCACUGUGAACACUUUAGCAUUCCCUAUCACAACUCCAGAACCUCUGGUGCUGGUUACCUCACCAAGGUGCCUCACAGCCAACCGGACCCAGCAGGGUGUGCUCCUGUCCUGGCUCCCACCUGCCAACCACAGCUUCCCCAUCGACCGCUACAUCAUGGAGUUCCGAGUCGGGGAGCGCUGGGAAAUGCUGGAUGAUGCCAUUCCAGGCACCGAUGGAGAUUUCUUUGCCAAGGAUCUGUCGCAGGACACCUGGUAUGAGUUCCGGGUUCUGGCCGUCAUGCAGGACCUGAUCAGUGAGCCCAGCAACAUCGCCGGUGUCUCCAGUACAGACAUCUUCCCGCAGCCGGACCUGACUGAGGAUGGGCUGGCCCGGCCUGUGUUGGCUGGAAUCGUUGCUACCAUCUGCUUCUUGGCAGCCGCCAUCCUGUUCAGCACUCUGGCCGCCUGCUUUGUCAACAAGCAACGCAAGCGCAAACUCAAGCGAAAAAAAGAUCCUCCACUGUCCAUCACCCACUGCAGGAAGAGUCUCGAGUCUCCCUUGUCCUCUGGCAAGGUGAGUCCAGAGAGCAUCCGCACGCUCCGCGCCCCAUCCGAGUCCUCUGAUGACCAGGGCCAGCCUGCAGCCAAGAGGAUGCUGAGCCCUACCCGGGAGAAGGAGCUGUCCCUGUACAAGAAAACCAAGAGAGCCAUCAGCAGCAAGAAGUACAGUGUGGCCAAGGCCGAGGCCGAGGCCGAGGCUACCACUCCCAUUGAACUGAUCAGCAGAGGCCCUGAUGGCCGUUUUGUGAUGGACCCCUCCGAGAUCGAACCCUCAAUGAAGACCCGGCGCAUCGAGGGUUUUCCCUUUGCGGAGGAGACAGACAUGUACCCUGAGUUCCGGCAGUCGGAUGAGGAGAACGAAGACCCUCUCGUGCCCACAUCUGUGGCUGCCCUGAAGCCUCAGCUGACACCUCUGUCUUCCAGCCAGGAGUCCUACCUGCCUCCACCAGCAUACAGUCCUCGCUUCCAGCCUCGAGGCCUUGAGGGCCCCAGCGGCUUGGGAGGACGGCUGCAGGCCACGGGCCAGGCGAGGCCCCCAGUGCCCAGGCCCUUCCACCAUGGCCAGUAUUAUGGGUACCUCAGCAGCAGCAGCCCUGGGGAAGUGGAGCCACCACCCUUCUACAUGCCAGAAGUGGGCAGCCCCCUGAGCUCAGUCAUGUCAUCCCCACCCCUGCACGGCGAGGGGCCUUUUGGCCACCCUACCAUCCCAGAGGAGAACGGAGAAAAUGCCUCCAAUAGCACUCUGCCCUUGACUCAGACACCUACGGGAGGGCGCUCCCCUGAGCCCUGGGGCCGGCCGGAAUUCCCCUUUGGGGGCCUGGAAGCCCCAGCCAUGAUGUUCCCCCACCAGCUGCACCCUCGGGAUGUAGCUGAGAGUCUGCAGCCCCAGGCCUGCCUGCCCCGAGGACUGCCACCCACUUCCCUGCAGGUACCUGCAGCCUACCCUGGGAUGCUGUCUCUGGAGGCGCCCAAGAGUUGGGCAGGCAAAUCUCCUGGCAGGGGCCCUGCCCCGGCGCCCCCCACCGCCAAGUGGCAGGACAGACCUGUGCAACCCUUGGCUAGCCAAGGGCAGCUGAGACAUACCAGCCAAGGUAUGGGCAUACCUGUGUUGCCUUACCCCGAGCCAGCUGAGCCGGGGGGGCAUGGUGGCCCCAGCACAUUUGGCCUGGACACUCGGUGGUAUGAGCCCCAGCCCCGGCCCCGGCCCAGCCCCCGGCAGGCCCGGCGCACCGAGCCCAGUUUACAUCAAGUGGUGCUACAGCCUUCCCGGCUCUCACCUCUGACCCAAAGCCCCCUCAGCUCCCGCACUGGCUCACCUGAGCUCGCUGCUCGAGCUCGGCCACGUCCGGGUCUCCUGCAGCAGGCAGAGAUGUCAGAGAUCACCCUACAACCGCCAGCCGCGGUCAGCUUCUCUCGCAAGUCCACGCCAUCCACAGGUUCCCCUUCCCAGAGCAGCCGCAGCGGGAGCCCCAGCUACCGGCCCGCCAUGGGCUUCACCACUCUGGCUACAGGCUACCCUUCCCCUCCACCGGGCCCUGCCCCCGCAGCGCCUGGGGACAACCUGGAUGUGUUUGGACAGACACCUUCCCCCCGGAGGAUGGGGGAGGAGCUGCUCCGACCAGAGCCCCCAACAACGUUACCUACUUCAGGAAUACUCCCACCUGCUCCCGGGAAUGCUGCUGCACCUGAGAGGCUGGAGGCUCUGAAAUACCAACGGAUAAAGAAGCCCAAAAAGUCAUCCAAGGGCUCCUCGAAGUCAAAGAAACGAUCCGACGGUUCUGCCUCUCAGGCUCAGCAGCGUCCCAACUCUCAGGUUCUGUGGCCCGACGAAGCUGUCUGCCUCCGAAAGAAGAAGAGACACUCUCGUCCUGACCCCUUUGCCCGGCUGUCAGACUUGUGCCACCGCCAGCUUCCAGAAGACCAGACGGCGAUCCUCAACAGCGUGGAUCACGAUGACCCAGGCCAUGCCACUCUGCUAUGACUCCAUACCACUCUGAGUGUCCCUAGGGCAGGCUGUAGGGCUGAGGGCUGGGGAGAGACUUUGCGUGGGCCAUGUCCUCUUCUGUCCACCGAGGGAUGGCUCCCUCUCCUGCGUGCCUCUUCUCCCCCCAGGUCCUGGCCAGCUGGCCUUGUCCACAGGACAGAGGCCUGGGCAGACCUUCUGCCUGUGGGUGAGAGUCAGGGAGUGACUGGGUGACAGGAAGUCGUCUGGCUCUGUCCCACCUCCCCCUCGUCACUUAGAUGGAAUACUCUCACCUCUUCAAAUGUCUUUGGAAGUGAAGAAGAGGAAAGCAAUGGCUUUUACUGCUCUGCUUCUGUUUCAGUUUUUCACAUCCUGGGAGAGGGCUGGACCUCUCCUUUCUUCCAGACUCCACAUAUAUAUAGAUAUAGGUACAAUGCACAUGUAUGUAGUUGGUGGGUUUCUCUGUGUAUAUAUAUAUAUAUAUAUAUGUACAUUGGAGCAAAGUGCUGUUUCUUUCUGUGGUCCAUGAGAAGGAGGAGUAGUGGACAGCUGGGGUUUGUGAGUGGGGGUGGCCUCGGUUGGCCGGGUGCCCUCUUGUCUGCCUCGGGGGACUUCCUGCUGAAACAGAGUUCAUGCCUCUUGGCUGAGUUCACCAUCAUCCUCUCGAGCUUCUCCCCUCCGGAGCAGAAAUGGAGCCCUGCCACGAUUAUGACUAGGGGCUCAGCAGUGAGUUACCGCUGAACAAAACCAAGCCUUGAUUGCUCGGUCACUGGUGGGGAAAAGGUAAGCAGGCGCAGGGCCAGACCAGUGUCUUUCUUCUUCCACAGUUGGCUCACACUUCAGAAGUGGAAGCUGCCUCAUGGUGGGGCUGACAGGCGGGCUCUGGUGCAUAUGCCCGAGUCCACAUGACCAUGCCUCAGUUCCUUUCAGUCCAGGAGCCCGCGGCCAAAGGUCCUCUCAUCUGGAGCCACCUGUGCGGAGCCUGGAGCUGCCACAGCUCUAUUUAUAUCUGUCUCUGCUCAGCACUCUCUGGGGUGCUGCUCCACCACGGCUGAUUGGCUCCUCCUUUCCUUUUGUGGAAGCUAAUUCUCCAGAUUGAUUAAUUGCCACUUAUGCGGAGCCAUCCGCGGCUUCUCUGCAUCCUUGCCGUGCGCUGCCUGCUGUUCCACUUUGCCUGCGGUCCUCUCCAUCCUCAGGACCUGCACUCUGGUAGCAUGGGCUCCAGUAAAGUGAGGGUGUCUUCCCAGUUCACCGCAGGCGAGCUGACUGAUGCUUAGGAGCAAAGGUAGAAGGGGUGGCAGGCUGGGGCCUGCCAGUCCUUCUGCCAAAAUCUUGUCCUACUUCAAACCAUUAGCACCUAGAAACUUCCUCAAGCAGUCUUCCUGCUCAGAACUACCCGUGUCUUCCCAGCAGGGUGCAGGGCCGAGGGUAGGGUGAAGAGUGUGGCUGUGCUUGCCAUCCCCUCUUCUGUAGCUUGGUCUGGCCUAGGAUGGCAGGAGCCACCAGGUUUCUGGAAGUGUUUUCUUCUUAGUGCUGCUGUCUUGUGGGGACACCACCUUUCCCCAGUGACCUGCUUGGACACUGACCAUGUCAAAGCCUCAAAGGCUUCUGCUGGUCUUACUGCAGCCACCAGUGGCUUUGCCCAGUGACCGAAGUGAAGUGUGGCCUCCAAGGGCUGGGAGGCUUGUUCUUUUGCUGGAGCUUCCAUCUUGGGGACAGACUUUGUCUCAGCCAGCCAGGCCUUGUGCUUCCUUCUCUGUCCUAGUGAGCUGAGGACUUGCUCUGCCAUGCAAGCCACGCCACCACAGCUCAUUUCUGGACAUGGGUGAGAGAGGUGCAGAGGGUAGUUUCAGUCAUUCUGGGACUAGCUGUGGGCCUUUGGGGUGCACUCCAGAUGUUUCAGCAGAUACCUUCCUUUGGGGAAUGGAAAUGCACUUGACCACUGGGAAGCAGCUCUGGCGAAGUUAAGAGUAGAGUUUUGCAGCUCUCUGUGUUCCUUUCAGUGGCCAUGCUACCACUGCCACUGUGCCACAUGGGCUGCUCCUGGGGCAUCUCUCCCAGGGGCCAUCAGAAGCAGGCCUGCCUGAACUGCCAACCAGUGUGAGAUGUGGGGCUCACAGCAGGUCAGUCUGUGGCCUCUGUUCCCCUUUUGGAGUGUGUGAUUCCUUCACCAGGGUGGCCAGCCCAGGGCCUGGGACGGAAUGUGAAUAUGGAGUGUCAGGGCUGCUGGACAUGAGGAUGAAUUCAGGCAGCUGUUCUGAGCAGCCUUCUGGGAAUUUUAGGCCCUGAAGCUGUCUGGGCCUUUAGGUUAGGAGAGGAAAGAAGGGAAGUUGAGGUGGAACGCUUUGCUUCCUUGGAAUGUUGUACCAGGCCAGGAAGCAUAGCUUGAGGCUGAGGUGCUGUAGCCGUGUCUGGGCUUUCCUGGGCCCAGGGCUAACAAAGGUGCUGACUCCUGCCUCCUUUCCUUGCCUCUAGCAGCGCCCCUUACCUCAGUACAUAAGACCAAAUGGCAGAAGCUGUGCUUUUGCUGGCCACUGGGUGGCAGCUCUGCUGUGAGUCUCCAGAGCUGGGAAGGGACACAAGGUCUACCCAUUCCUUGGUGGCCUUGGACUUAUUCACCUCCCAACAUGUCUUUCUUCUUGUGACUGUGUCCUUGGAGGCCAGCCUCCUUUCUGUACCUCUGGAAGCGAUUUCAGUCCUUCAAUUAAGGACUGCAGAGGAAGUUCACAGAAUCCAAUUUUGUUUGCCCAUGGGACAGAGGAUGAAGGUGUCGCAGGUACACUGUUAAGUGCUGUGUGUGGACAUGUGAAUGCGAGUCUGUAUGGUGAGUGUAUCCAUUUCUAGGGGCCAGUGUCCUUUGUGCUCUGCCUUGGAACAUGGCAAUGACUACUAUGAAGCCUCUUAGAACUUUCACCCUCUCCUCUGUGGGAGAUCAGUCUUCCAGACUUCCCUUUUUAGGAUCUGGUAGCUUUGUAGUAGAUGUAGUUCAAAAAAAAAACAAAAAAAAAAAACAAGAAACAAACCUGUCUUGUAUCUUGGAUUUCUUUGCCUGCAGCUUUCUUCUGCAUCUUGGCUGGCAACAGUGGCUGUUGGGGCAACAGUUGGUCCACAGACCAGGAAGACAGUAAGAUGGUCUCUAAGAGGCUUGAAAGUGCUUAGGGAAGUAGUGAGCAAUAAGGAAGUGAACUCGGUUUCUUGAUGUGCUGGCUGACCACCAGCAGGCUUCAUGGCUGGGAGCAGAAGCCAUGUGUAGAUGGUCUUUGGUGGUUAUGGUGCAGCAUCUGCCAGGGACUGUGCCUAACGACCCGCCUUUCUUCCCAGUAUUCUUGGAGAGACCAGGGUGAGAGAGGCCAUCUAGAUGCCUCCUUUCUCAACAAGAGGAGUGCCUCUGCCUCAAGGGCCAUGCGAGGCCAGAGCCUUUCUUAAGGGUCUGGUCAUAGUUGUGCCACUGGGGGAUGGCUCCAGCAGCAGUGGACAAGGAGGGUGCUUGCUGGUAUUUUUCCAUGCUCUCCAUCUUGAUUUCUGAUCUAAAAUAUCUGGGGUUAAAUGGAUUUCAGCUGUUUAUUCCUCUGUGCUUUUCCUGCACAGGAAACUGGAUAAGGUUCACGGGUAGAAUUCCUUUUUCUUUUUCUGGCAAGGCCGACAAACAGCUUCAGGAGAGAAACUGAGGCCACAGAACAUCAGGCAUCUUUGCCACCACUCAGGAUUUGAGUCAGACCUGACGUGUGCGUGGCUGGAACAGUUUUCUUCCAAUGUUAGCAAAUGUCUUUUGGGGUUUUGGUGUGGGUUGGGGAAGAAUUGUAGAUAAAAUAAAUUUUAUCAAUAUGUAGAGAACCCUAGGAAAAAACCCUAAUGGCUAAUCUUGGACUGCUUUGUUUGCAUGUAAAGGAGCUUUAGGGGGCAUUAUAGAGAUUUGGGGGGCAGCAGGAAAAAAUUUAAGGGCAGAGAUGGGCAGGAAUGAGGGGAGGCUCCCUGCCACUGUUUGGGAGCUAUGAGCAUUACUGCUGGUUGGCCCUUUUGUCUCUUCCCCAGAACAGAGGCAAUGCAGGCUCCAGGCAGAUGGAGGCUUGGAGUCCUGCUCUGGUACUGCUGGGGAGAGGGCUCAGGAGGGGUCUCAGUGGCUAUCUCUCUGUUAAACAAAAUCACUGACCAGCAGUCCUUGACCAUGUUUUAGGAGGAGGUGUUAGAGAGCUGAAACAUGAAGAAGAGGCCUGAUCCUUUGCCAGGGUGGGAGGUUGAAGGGCGUAGAGCAUUGGUGCUGUCAUGGGGGAGGAGCAGGGCCUUGGGGCAGCAUGCCUUGCCACUCUCCUUGAGACACAAUGACAGGGUAGUGUGCACACUGGGGCAUUAUCCCAAGGAGGAAAAGUGACCGCUCGCAGAGGGGCAGGUAGAGGAGAGAUGACAGUAGAGAGCCUGGGGACGGAAAUAGGAGGGGAUUCAGCCACUGAGAACAGGUUGAGGCUGGGCUGGCAUCCAUGCUUGGACUGUCUCAAAAGAGGUCCCGCUUCUUAGCCAGACUUUUUGCUUCUUCUAGAAUUAGUUUCUGACACUAAGUGCCCAGACAUGCUUAUCUCUGGCACGUGCUUCAACUUUGUGUAUCUCUUUUUUGAGUACCCUCAGGUCCAGAGCUGGGAGACUCAUCUUGAAAUGGCCAGUCUGUCAUUAGCUCAAGGUCAGUGGCAAAGGAAGGAUUGUUCUAAGGGGCUUCUUGUGCUUGUUCUGGUAAGCAGAAGUGGCAGGUGGCCUUUCUCUUUGUCCAUCAUCUGAAGGUGUUCACAGGUCCUUGGUGACAGUGGUGGGCUGGGCUUCUGCAUUUGCCAUCCUUCUUGGGUUACAGAGGAUCCCUUCAGGCCAUGGAGCAGUGGUUAGGCCUUGACGUUUUAUCUCUACUUUCUCUUCUUUUGAAAGUUAGUCACCGGUCUACAGCUGAGGUAGGAAUGCAUUCCACCCUGAAAUCAGACACCAGCCUUUCUUCCUUUCUUAAUGUCUCCAGCUCUGCUUCCCUUUGGAUCAAGAGGCAGAAUUAAAAAUCUCCUUUUUAGAAGAAGUCAGUAAACCAAGGAUCAAAGCCAAGACUGGACUUCAGCACUCUUACCAACUUGAUGUUUGGUUAGGGGUGUCUCUUCUGACAGUGCAUCUGCAUAGGGCCAGACCCUUAUUUCUGGGCCCCUAUCUAUACUUUUAGGUAAGUCUUUCAGGAACAAAUAUACUUCCCCCUCCAGAUGUUUUGUGUGUUGUUUUGCCAAGAGGGUAGAGGUUUUUUUCAGGCCUUCAUUUUGAGCUGAUACAAAAAUUCCCAAUCUAUUGACUUCUGGUCCAAAGACACCUGUAGACCCUCACGUUUUCUGUGUCAAGAAAAAAUUAAGCGCUACUGCAAAUACUAUUAAUGGCUGGCCAUGCCUUAGAGGAGGAAAAGUUGGAGUGUCUUGACUGAUAAACACUUUGAUAGAACAGCAGCCAGUCUUUGAUAUUACUUGGGAAUUCUCUUCUGCAGAGGUUAGUAUUAGUGCUUAGGGAUUCUGAAGACAGCUGAUGACACCACAGCUUUGGAUGCUGCCAGGGAAAGCUAGAGAGUUAACUAAAGUGGCACAAAGCCUCUUCCCAUCCCUGGUCCUUUGUUGUCUACUUUUCCCAUCCCUCUACAUGGUGACAGGAAUAUCUCUCUGAGCCUGUUUUUCUUCUGAGUCUUGAAGAAAUCUGUCUCACCAAUGCUGUAUCCCUGCCGCCAGCACUGGAUUUCCUGGAUUUAUUUUAGGAUGAGAGCUAGCUCUCCCCCUGUACCCUGUACACUCAAGAGUUAGGCUCCCUUUCCUUCCCUCCCUCACUUCUGUAUGGCUCCAGAGAUCUUGAACUUGUGCACGGACAGGGAAGUGGUUGGGUGGGGAAGGGAAUUUGGGAGGGUAUUGGGGUUGUCUGGGGAGGGAUAUUUGCAUUUUUCAGCCUUAGGAAUACUGCAAGCAUGCUUUAGCUAUGUUUGGGGUUUCACCUAAGUAGAUGGAAGGGGCCAAUGCCCAGUGCCUCCUCAUGUCAAUGAAGAUGGCCUGGUGGUAUUUUGCUUCUUUUUGGCUUAGGGAAUCUAUGACACCUUCUAUCUGGUGAAAGAACUAAACCUCCUGAUCAUCUUGCAAUCCUUGAAAGGGAAACUCAAUCACCGUAUCAAUGAGUAUUUCCAAUGGCUACUGUGGACAGUGAGCAGUCCGUCCUGAGUUAACAUUGUCUUUGGCUGGGUCAGAGGAAUUGGAUUCCCUUACCUGUCCUUCUGCAGGUGCGAGGCAUCUCCCUGCUCUCUAACCCUCGCCAGCUGACUAUUCUAGUGUUCCUUUCCUGGGUUCAGGAAAUGUGUGUGGUGGGUGUGUGCAAGAGUGUGUGCGUGGAAUCUGUGUGUGGAGGUGUGUGUGGUGCAUCUGUUGUGUGUGUGUAAGAGAUGUGUAGGGACACACUGCUUUGCCUGAACAGUAUCAGGCCUAGGAGACCCUCCUUUUUGUUGGCUCUUUCUUGGGUAGCGGGGUCACAUUAGUAAUACACCAUGUUGGGUGUAUUUUUUAUGGAGAUUGUAUAUAAAAUUAUAUAAAUAUAGAUAACUUGUUCUAUUUUAAGGAGUUAGGGAACUUACAGGGGGGUGAGGAUCAGAUGCAACAGUAGUGACUUACAGUAGGAGUCUCAGGCAAGUGGUCCUCAUGGAGUGGAGACUAGAUGAGCAAGAGAUGCAAGCUGGGCAGAAUGUGCAGGGCACGUGCCCCUCAUACAUAUACAAAUAUAAAGAAAACCUAUAUAAAAUCUAUCUAGUUAGCUUAUCUAUAUAUCUGUAUGAAGUCAUAGUUUGCUUUAUUUUUGUACCUGUGUUUAGAGAUGCUUUGAGCAGUGUCACCGUUCCCACAUGGGGAACUGUCUCACGCUUUGAUGCCACCUCCUUCUCCGUCCUUCCCGGGAUGCACUCUCUGUUCAGAGAUGCUUGGGUCUUUCUACUUGAAGUGUGUGUAUAUGAAAAAACUUUAAAAUGAAACAAAUAACUUACUUGUAGAUGCACAAGUGAAGUGCAAGCUGUGGAGAGUUGUAGGAUCCAAUGACCCCAGAGAACUUGGGUCCCAGUAUCUCUUGGCAUUGAGAGGGGACACUGUGGUAAGGUGCUUGAUCCAGGAGGGCUGCUUGCGAACUGGAAAUGCUAUGGAUCCAUCCCUGUGUGGCUGCGUGCUGGUAUCUAGCUCCUUGGAAGGAAUAUAGCUCAGUAGCUGGUAAAGGGGGGUAGUCAAGAUUACUUAGGGACUGUCCUGAUUUGUAGCACCUGGGCUCAAAGCAGCUCUUGGAAGUAUGGUGGUGAGAGUUUGUGAGGUGGACUGCGUGGGCCCAGUCUUGGAAAAGAGAUAUACUGAGGAUUAUCACUGCAGAUUUUUGGAACCAGUGUGAAUGUGAUAUCUAGUAUAAAUGUAUCAUUGAUGCUAUUUUCAUUUAUUUUAAAUAGAAAACAAAGUGCUGUUGGAAUGGAUGGUCCAAUCUUGGGAUGAUGAGUGGACAGUCAGGAGUGAGAGAUUAACUUUGGACAGAUCUGAGAGGUUGAAUCUUACUGCGACCUUCCUUCUGGUACCCAGUUAAGGACUUACAUAGCUGAACAAUGUAUUGGAAGAAUGUGACCAAGAACAGGAGAUUCUGGGGGGGCAGGGUCCACUUGAGUUUGAGCAAGUAAGUGUGUGUGGGCUGAAGAAUACCUCUCUGAGAAUACAAGACCUCAUAUAUGCUGCGAAGGCAACACGCCUUGGAGCCUCAGCAGCCAGCUCCGGUGCUAGCUCUUCCUCUGACUUGCCAAGUACUCAGAAAAUUGUGUUUGAAGCUGGUGCAGGGAGCCUGGGGAGACUUGGUCACUACACUCUCUCAUCUCUUAUUUCUGCUUGCAACUCAAAAAAUGGCAACACUAGCUCCUCUUCCUCAACCAAAAUGUGAUACUCUUUAAGAGCUCUUGACUGUGGAUUGUGACCAUUUGAGGAACUCAGGUGCCUCAAUCAUGAGAAGGACUCUUUUUGCAUUUUGGGAGUGUUAUGAGAAGAGUAGGUUGGGGUGGAGCUUGAGUCUAACUUCUGAUUCUUAUUGGACCUCAUAUGUCCCUGCCAUUCAUUAGGACAUUGCUACUGGGGCUCCAGAUUGUUCAAAACAUUAACUAUUGUCUAAGGACAUAGCAGGAGAACAGGUCUGUCUGUGUGUACUGGGAGGGCUGCAACUCUGGUUGCAAUUGGUGCAUGACUGGUCUUUCCCAUAUACUCCCGAGGAGGCCAGGAGAAGUUGCAGCCAGGUGAUUCUUACAAGGUUUUUCUGGGAGGUUGAGCAAGAGAAAGACCAGCAAAUUCUAUGUCCCUUCCCAGCUUGGACCCCCUCCCCAGCUACCAAAGAGGGGUUUCUGUGACUGCUUUUGACUCUUAAAGCCAACCUUUUCUUUCUCUGUAGACUCUGUCCCACACCUGGUCAGCUGCAACCUGCAGAGUUAGUUCAGCACACAGGCACCUCAAAGGGCUCGUAUUCCACGAGGCCCACAGUUCCGCCAACAUUCCAUCUCUUUCUACAGUGAGCCAAAGCCUUGAUCCAUAGAAACUUCAGCAGCACAAGAUGUGUGAGGUUGGGAGAGCCUGCACAUUGCCAUCCCACUUCUCAGUGUCAAGUGGGUGCUUCAUUUGGGAGAAAGCAGGGAAGACAAGGACCUUGAAACCUUGGAGUCUAGAGAGAUACGUUACUUUCCCAUGCCCUUUCCUUGACGCAGCUCUCAGAGGAUGCAGGGCUGGGCACUGGAGGGGCAGGGACAGAUAGCCCAGCAUCAAUCUCCCAUUUCUCAGAAGAACCAGCCUUUCACAAAGGAACAGAGGGGCUUGGCAUCUGACUGUGGGAAGAUGUCCUGUUUUUGAACCUCUCAGUUAAUGGGACAGGUGGGUGGGAGGGGUCCUCUGAUGAAGCCUUUGAGGCCCACAGCCACUACCAGGAGUCUGAGCUGCCCCCUAUGCUUGUGAAUUAUUUCUUAGUCCCCAGACAGUGGAAGGGUUAUUGAAUUUUGGUGCUGUUAUCUUUUGGUAGGAAGUUGAUGGGGGGAAUAUGUAGAAUUCUUGUUUCGCUACCUCUAUCUGACACAUGAAACAAGAGUGUGGAGUAGAUAGAUCUGCUGGGAAUUGCUCUCCCAAGGGUCAGUGUGGGCUCUGUUGUUUCCACAUCAUUAUCAACAGGGUGCCUCGGGCGAGUGAGGGGCUUGCCCAUUGCCCUUGGCUGUGGCAGGGUCAUCUCUGUCCUCUGCUGUGGAUGUCACAUGGAUCCACCUUGGAAGUCAUGGAAGUGUGCAGUAAGGACACAGUCAGGACUGCACAGCACUUCUGUCAAGGGGGAUGUGGCCAGGCUGUUGGGCAGGGCCUCUGCUGGUGUUUAGUGUGGAGUCUGAACUGGGAGGUUGCACUGUGGAAUGAGCUGGAUGCUGGGGCCUUAGAUGAGUUGUGGGAGGGGAAGGGUAGAUCUGAUGCUCCAAUUACUAAGUUGAAUGCAUGAGUCUGAGAAAGUCUUCAAGUACCAUUCAGGUUUAAUUUCUGAACUGCUUUUCAUGGGCCAGAGAUGGAGGCCAUGGAUGGGGUGUGUGUCACCAGUUGCCUGUUCAUGUCCACAGCCUGGGGAGGAGAGACAACCUCCUGCUUAUGUGAGCAGCUCUCGGCCCUGUAUCCACUCACACUCUCCCACCUGGAGGGACCGUGCCAUCCUGGACAUGGUUCUUCCAUCACACAUGGAGGCAGUUCUUGUGGCUCCCCUCUUGUCACCCCAAGGUCUGUGGAUGUGCAGAGGGUAGGGGCAAAGAGGGGUGUGGUGGGGAGAUCUCAGCGCUCUCCCUGGGGCCCCCAGCAGACUUUUGACCUCCAGAUGCCUAAUGGCUUCCUGCUUUCGGUUCUUCUUUUCUUAGGAGUCUGGAUUGACUCUUGGUUUCGUCAUGAGAUUUCUUGCUCUCAUUUCGAAGUCUCUUUUCUUCCUUCAACUUUCUUUGGGGCUUCCCCCAUUCAUGCCAGGUUUUCUUGUGAAGAUUCUUCAAACCUUGUUUCCAUUUCUUGAAUGUUGAAUAUUGCAUCACCGUGCUAGGGUGCUUUAUGGUGCUGUCUGAGAGGCCAGCUGGGUAGAACUGGCUCCUCCUGCUGUUCUUUAGAUCUUGCUAUAUUUCAUCUUUGAUUUUUUUUUCCCCAUAGGGGUUUGGGGUGGGUGACUUGGGAGUAGAUUUGUGUUCUCUCUCUCUUUUCUGUAUGAAUGAACUGGUUACAGUCAGUUAGCAUGAGCUGCUGACUUCAUGGUAUUGACUGGUUGGCUGACUUUGGUUCCAAAUUAAAGACAAACCAAUAUGUUGUACAGCUGUGUACAGAACACCUUUGAGUGUGAAUUUGGAUGGCGACUAGAGGCUUACUUUUUGAACUUCAGGUAUGUAACUCAAAAGUAAAUAAAAACACUAUUUUUUCAGUAAGCUUUUUUUUUUUCUUCUAAAAGAUAACUUAGAAAGCAAACUACAAAAACAUUAAAUCGGUGCUGUACCUAAGCCUUAUACAAACAUUCUACACUCUGUAUAACCUGUCUCUGGGGCGCUCUCUGCUCCAUCACCCUCUUCUCAAAGCCUGGGAAUGCCAGCAUGUGCCAAGCCUGGGGCUAGGUAUUGGGGACUAGCAGGCCAAGGGGACCCUGGGAGCAGAGGAUGAUGGUAAAGAUAGGCAUGGUCCUGCUACCUGAGCAGAUAUGGAAAGGAAACCAGGCAUUUAGGUGUGUGUGGCAUGUGUGUGCAUGUGUGUGUGUGUGUGUGUGUGUGUAUGAGCUUAUAGGUGCACAAUGCCAAAGUGAAUGCACCAACUGGGGCUUGAAAGAGAGACCCAGGUGGGCCCCAGGAGUGGGGCGAAGGGGCAUGCUCCCUCCCAUUUCCUGUCUCCUGUUUCUCCUCUGUCAGGGAGUGGAGGUAUACAGGAAAUAGCUACACUCUCAACCAGGUGCUUCUUCCUCAAAAUCUCCAAACUUUAAGUACUUCUAAAAGGCCCAUCCAAGGGGCAGGCAUCUCUGGCCACCAAAUCAUAGACUGCCAGGACUGGGAGGAGCCUUUCCUCUCCCCAGCCCUUGCUUGGGUUUUGGGGAAGAGAGUUGCUCCUGCAGGGUCCCUGCACCUUCUUGCUGUCGCUGCCACUCUCCAGUUGGGCUCCCAUUGGCUAUCUUGCUCCAUCCCAACGCACAGAAAAGAGCCCCCUGGAGAUGAUUCCUCAGUCACACUACUCUGUGGCCCUGAGCAAUAAUGCCUGCCCUGGCUACCAGUGACAGUGAUUCCUUUGGCCUUGGCCUUGCCAGUUAAAAACAGUGACACCCCAAACUUAGUUAGGGAGAGAAUCUGCCGUCUCCUUGGGUCAGGCUGCUGUGCCAGGCUUCACUCGCUGGUAUUUUCAGGCUUGCUAAAUACUAACCAACUCAUUGCCAGUAACACUGCAUGUUCAUAUCCUGAAUUAAAAAUCAAAAUGAGCGAACAAGUACAUAAGUGAACCAAGAGAGAAAAAAAAAAUAAACGGCGCAUCAAAUGACAAGAUGUGUAGCCAGUGAAGGUACCCUUGGGAGUGUUGCGAAUUAAACUGAGUAAAAAGUUUAGUAUUUAAAUUACUCCUCAUGUAACAUUACUCUGCUUCAAAAAUGUUUUGUAUUUUGAUAUAAAUAAACAUU